UCAGUAUUUUCAAUUUAAAACAUAAUCAUAUAAAUUUAAAUUUAAUUACAUGACGUACGAUUAUGACUACAAGAUAUUUAUUAAAUUUAAUUUAUAUAUUUUCAUUAAAUAUGAAUAACAAUUUCUUGUGUGGUACAUUAUGUAGAAAGUGUCACGAGCGUGAUGAGGCUAUGAGAGCGUAAUCUUUUGUGAAAACAAAAUUGUAAUAAAUGGAUUUUUAAAAAGAUAUCCUUUAACAUUAAUAGUAAUCUCUUAAACAGUUAAUGUGACUGAUAAACACUUACAGUUAACAUAAUUGUAUCGCUUCAAUAUGAGUAAUAAUUUGAGAUCUGCAAUAUUGAAUAAGGUUAUGAAAUCGUUACAUAGUGUAAACAAUGAACAUCGACAUAAGAUUUCGUCGGCGCUUUAUGUAAAUCUCAAUCAAACAAAUGACACGUAUUAUUUUGCAUUUCCAUUGAAAUCAAUCUACUAUAAUGCAAUGGAUGAUAUACAAAACAUUACAAGAAAUGAUUUUGAAAAUACUAUUGAUCAUAUUACAGUAGAAAAUAAUAUUGCUUAUUUUGCUAUACCAAGAAAUCAGUAUAUAAAAACGAUUAUAGAAAAUAAUCUUUCUGGUCCAUCACCACCAGUCAUUCCCGAGAAUAAUAAAAAUAUUAUAGUAGAAUUUAGUUCUCCGAAUAUUGCUAAACCUUUUCAUUUAGGACAUUUACGUUCUACAAUUACAGGGAAUUACAUUGCUAAUGUAAACAACUUCUUACAAAAUAGAGUUAAGAGAUUAAAUUAUUUGGGAGACUGGGGAACACAAUUUGGUUUUAUUCAACUAGGAAUUGAACUAGGAAAUAUUGAUAGUAAUGAAAUUCAUGCAAAUCCUAUUAAGUCUUUGUAUAAGGCAUAUGUAUUAGCUCAUGAAUUAGCUGAGACAGAUCCAACAAUGAAUGACCGUGCUAAAGAAAUAUUUAGGAAAUUGGAAUUUGGAAAUAGUACUACUUACAAAGAAUGGCAAACAUUUAAAGAUUACACUGUACAGGAAUUGGAGAAAACAUAUAAGAGAUUAGGUAUAUCAUUUGAUGAGUACCAUUGGGAAUCUAUGUAUACUGCAUCAAAUACAAAGAAGAUUAUUAGCUUAAUGGAAGAAAUGAAAUUAUUAAUGCUAGAUAAAGAAAAUAGAAAAGUGAUAAGUGUAACUGCAGAUAGAAAUAUACCACUUAUUAAAAGUGAUGGAUCUACUUUGUACAUAACUCGAGAUAUUGCUGCUGCAAUUGAUAGAUUUGAAAAAAAUAAUUUUGAUGCCAUGUAUUAUGUAGUAGAUAAUGCUCAGACUGAUCACUUUUUAAAUUUAAUGCAAAUUUUAAAUCAAAUGAAAUUACCUUGGGCAAAUAGAUUAAAACAUAUCAAGUUUGGAAGAGUUCGUGGGAUGAGUACAAGAAAAGGAACUGCAGUAUUUUUGGAAGAUAUAUUAAACGAAGCACAGGAAAUUAUGAGAGAAAGACAAAUGAUAAAAACUACAACUAAAGUUUCUUUAGAUGAAAUGGAUAAGGUUUCUGAUAUUUUGGGUAUCUCUGGUAUACUCGUUUAUAAUUUGAUGCAAAGAAGAAUGAAAGACUAUGAGUACAAUUGGAAUUUAAUGUUUCAAAUGAAAGGUGAUUCUGGAAUAAAAUUACAAUACGUACAUUGCCGCUUAACUAGUUUGGAACGCUAUUCUGGUGCCACUUUAACGACAGAAUGUGAUCCAAGUCUUUUAAAGGAACCAGAAGUUGAUGACUUAAUUAUAUUGAUCAGUAGAUUUGAUGAAGUCAUACUUCAAUCUUACGAACAAUUCGAGCCAUGUGUACUAGUGGUAUAUCUUAUGCAGUUAAGUAAUACAAUUAAUAAAGCAUUAAAAAAGUUGAGAAUGAAAGGUGAACCAUCAGACGUAGCAAAUCAAAGAUUACUGUUAUUUCAUACAUCACGACUGAUUCUCGCCGAAGGUAUGAAAUUACUUGGUUUAACACCAUUAGAGAAAAUGUAAAUGAAGUAUUCUGUACAAUGUAGAUUAUUUGUUAUAUUGAAAAAUAUAUAUAAAAAUUUAUAAAGGAU